AUGAAUUCAGUGAGGGCAGAGAUAGUGGAGCAAGUAUUUCAAGUUCGUAAAAAGAAGCGGUAUAUUCAUCGUGACCGAAAGGGAAGCCACUAUCAGCUAAUGAAAGACUACUUCGACGAGAAUUGCACAUAUCCACCGGAGUACUUUCAUAGGCGAUUCAAGAUGCGACGAGAACUUUUUCUUCGUAUCCUUAAUGAUGUCAAAGCUUAUGACGACUAUUUUGUCCAAAAAAAGGAUGCGACUGGUCGUCUGGGGUUGUCUUCUAUACAGAAGAUAACAAGUACUGUUGUUCGUAUAUUCGCAUAUGGUUGUGCAGCCGAUCACUAUGACGAGUAUAUUAAAAUCGGCGAGAGCACUGCCAUUAAAUGUUUGAAGGCAUUUUGUAAUGCUAUUGUUGCUGUGUAUAUAGAGGAGUAUAUGCGCACACCCAACGAAGCCGACAUAGCACGGCUGCUUGAAGAAGGGAAGCAGAGAGGAUUUCUGGGUAUGCUUGGUUCUAUUGACUGUAUGCACUGGGAGUGGAAGAAUUGCCCAGUGGAGUGGUAA